AUGGCUAAACCGGACUAUAACAAUGUCCAGUCUUCCCCCGUGGAUGUACUAAACAAUACCAAUGCAUUACUGCCACCACCGUCAGUGAAGAAAACCAAAGGCCGAAGAAGGGUGGAAAUCAAGAAGGUGGAAGCAGCCAGCAACCGCCAUGUCACCUUCUCGAAGCGCAAGAAGGGCCUUUUCAACAAGGCAGCGGAACUGAGCCUCUUGACCGGCGCAGAAACUGCAGCGAUAGUAGUUUCCGGCAAUGGAAGGAUGUUCGGCUUCGGCAGCUCCAGUUGUGAGGACGUCAUCCACCGUUACCUUGCGGACAGCAACUCUCAAAUAGGAGUGGAGUCGGAUCGUCGCAGCAGAUACGUGAACUCGGCUCAUUUGGCAAAGCUAAGGCAGCAGCUAUUGGAGGCCCGGAGGCAGUUGGAGGAGGAGAAGAAGCGGGCAACAAUGAUACAGCAGAGGAAACAGGCGGCUGGAGUGGCGGUACCCGCCGAGUUGUGGUGGGAGGAGGAGAUGAUGGAUCAAACCCCAGAGGAGUUACAGAGUUACAGUGAGGCGUUGCAUAGGCUGAAGAGUGAUGUGGAGAGGAGAGCUCAACAGAAGAUUCUGAAUGUUCCAUGCAGCUACACGUCGCUAAUGGAUGGUAGAGUUGUCAUGGGUGAGAAUUAUAUAAACAAUAGUAAUAGCAAUAUGAACACCAUGUAG